AUGGUGGAACGAUUUUUAGUAAAAAACUUUAAAGGUUUAGCCAAACAUGAGUGUAGUGAGAACAUGAAGAAGAAGAUUCAACGUAAUGACCACCUUAAGAAGUUGAAUGUUAAAUUUCGUGACAAGUAUAUCAAUGAGAGGAAGAAAUGUAUGGAAGAACUAAAAAAUCGUGCUUUGGGCUAUGCCAAAGAAUAUGAGGAAGCUGAGAAGGAAUUGAUCAAGAUUAGAAGACAGGCUAAGGCCGAAAAUGCCUUCUUUAAGGAGCCAGAUGCCAAGGUCAUUUUCGCUAUCCGUAUCAAGGGUAUCAAUAAGUUGUCCCCCAAAGUAAGACUGACCUUAAGAUUGUUCCGAUUGUUGCAGUUGCAUAACGGGGUGUUUAUAAAAGUUAAUAAAGCAACUACCGAAAUGCUAAAGAUUGUAUCUCCUUAUAUUGCCUAUGGCUAUCCAUCAUUGGCAACUAUAAGAAAACUCAUGUACAAGAGGGCUUAUGCUAAAACUGGAAAAUUAGGCGCUAGAAAAAGAGAAAAAAUAUCAACUGACGAAAUUGUAAGUGCAAACUUGGGCCAGUACGGAAUUCACGGCGUUGAAGAUAUUGUACACGAGAUUUACACUGUUGGACCUAACUUUAAGCAAGCAACCAAUUUUCUAUGGCCAUUCAAACUGAGCUCACCAAAGAAGGGAUUUGUUGCUAAGAGGCAUAGCUACUGUGAACAGAGGGGAGGUGAUUCUGGCAACCGUGAGGAAUUUAUUAAUGAGCUUAUUUGUAGGAUGAUAUAA